GCUCCUUUAAUCGUUAGCUUUAAGUAUGUUAUAUAAUUUUAUAUUGUACAAUAAGACAAACAUGUCCUGGGCGAUAGAAUUUAAAUUUAAUUCGAUUUUGUGAAUUGACAACUGGACAACUGGAGUGAGAGCUAUUUUAAAAUGUAUAUUGCCAUGACAGUUGUCCAAUUGAUGUGCGCAAAUUAUGCACAAUUAUAUGAAGGCCACGAAUUUGUUACAAGUCAAUUGGAUAGGACUCUGGCUUUCUGGCAAUCAGUCAAUUUGCAGUCAGCAUUUACAGUUGACGGUUGGAAUGGAUCGCUCGAAUAUUCUAAGACUCUGGCUGUGCAUUGGCAUAAGCCUGGCCAGUGCUAACGAGCUUAAGAUAACCUUCUGGAUCGACCCAGUGCAGCGAGCAGAAUUUGAAACGGAUAUUGCAGCUGUCUUAAAGGAGUUGGAAGGAUUGCAAUUGAAUACGAGGAUCAGUGAUGCGGUGCUGCAAUUAGUUCGCACCGACGAACAGCAGGACAUAGAUAGCUUUUGCGAGAUUCUCGGCAGCGUGGGCAGCUCGAUUAUCAUCGAUCUUAGCUACAAUCGCUGGUCGUGGGGCUACGAAGUAGCUCGUACGCAUGGCAUUGCUUAUGUGCGCCUUGACAGGGUAAUGCGACCCUUUCUAAACAUGUUUGCCGACUUUAUGCGCCAGAAGCGGGCUAAUAAUGUGGCCAUGAUCUUUCAAAGUGCUCGCGACACUACUGAGGCAAUGAAACAACUAAUGACUGGUUAUCCAUUUCGUACUCUCAUUCUGGAUGCUAAUGAUAAGCAAUCGGAGGAUUUUGUUGAGCGUCUUUAUCGGCUACGACCCGUGCCUAAUUACUAUGCUAUAUUUGCACGCGGCUCUGCCAUGAAUGGCAUCUUUGAGCGCGUAAAUAAGGGCAAGCUUUUUCAGCGACCCACCGAAUGGCAUUUGGUUUUUCUCGAUACCAGAGAUCGUGUUUUCAAGUACAAGCAACAGGUGGAGUUUGCUACUCGCUUCACCUUGAACGCACGCGCCAUCUGUCGAUCAAUGCAGAUGCGAGAUCUAUAUUGUGGCAGCGGAUUCACGUUACAUCGCGCUUUGAUUUUAAGUGUGCUAAAGAGUCUAAUUGAUUCAGCGCAGCUGAGUCCAGAGUUUCCAGAGCCUGUCUACCUGGAUUGCAACAGAAGUGCUGAGGCAAAUAGCGCAGGUGCGGACAAAAGCAUGUGGCUGGAGAACGUACACUGGAGCAACUUUGUGGAGUAUAUGCAGGCCAGCGAGGAUCCCUAUAACACCGAAUCGCUGACUGAGAGGACCGAUGAGGAGUCAGUGCCAUAUUUGAGCUUUGUGGCCAACAUUUCGGCAGGUUACUAUUCCAGCGAGCAUGAGGCCAAAACGGAUCUGGCCAUGUGGGCAUCAGGCGGUUUGAAGCUGCUCAAUGAGACAAUUAGUCCAACUAAACGUUUUUUUCGAAUCGGCACCGCUGAAAGCGUACCGUGGAGCUAUUAUCGCCGCAAUCCGAACACCGGAGAGCUGAUUCGCACCAAAAGCGGUGCUCUGAUCUGGGAGGGGUACUGCAUCGAUUUUAUAAGACGGUUGGCGGAGAAGCUCAAAUUCGACUACGAAAUUGUGGCUCCCAAGCGGGGACAUAUGGGUGAGCGCAAUGCGCGGGGCGAGUGGGAUGGCGUCAUUGGCGAUUUGGUAAAUGGCGAGACAGACUUAGCCAUUGCUGCGCUCAAGAUGUACUCGGAACGCGAGGAAGUUGUUGACUUUCUGCCCCCAUACUACGAGCAAACUGGUAUCUCCAUAGUGAUGCGAAAACCGAUGCGCCGUACCUCACUCUUCAAGUUCAUGACGGUGCUGCGGCUCGAAGUGUGGCUAAGCAUCGUUGCUGCCCUGGUUGGCACAGCGUUGAUGAUCUGGUUCAUGGAUAAAUAUUCACCGUAUAGUUCGCGAAACAAUCGCGUUGCCUAUCCAUACGAGUGCCGAGAAUUUACGCUUCGCGAAAGUUUCUGGUUCGCUUUGACUUCAUUCACACCGCAAGGCGGCGGCGAGGCACCCAAAGCCGUUUCGGGACGCCUAUUGGUCGCUGCGUAUUGGUUGUUCGUUGUACUCAUGCUGGCCACUUUUACGGCUAAUUUGGCUGCGUUCCUCACGGUGGAACGCAUGCAGACCCCUGUACAGUCACUAGAGCAGCUGGCGCGACAAUCACGCAUUAAUUAUACGGUGGUGAAGGACUCGGACACGCAUCAGUAUUUUGUGAAUAUGAAGUUCGCUGAGGAUACGUUAUAUCGCAUGUGGAAAGAGCUGGCUCUAAAUGCAUCCAAAGAUUUUCGAAAGUUCCGGAUUUGGGACUAUCCCAUUAAGGAGCAGUUCGGUCAUAUUUUGCUGGCCAUAAAUAGCUCGUUGCCUGUUGCAAAUGCGACCGAGGGAUUUAAAAAUGUUGAUUCACAUGGCAAUGCGGAUUAUGCAUUCAUACAUGAUUCCGCCGAGAUCAAGUAUGAGGUGACCAGAAACUGCAAUCUGACAGAAGUAGGCGAGGUCUUUGCCGAACAACCCUAUGCUGUUGCCGUGCAACAGGGCAGCCAUCUGGGCGUAAGUAUUAAAACAUUUCCACAUUAGUUUAUCUUUUCUCAAUUUCUUGAGCAGGAUGAGCUGAGCUAUGCGAUUUUGGAGCUGCAGAAGGAACGCUUUUUCGAAGAUCUC